AUGGUUGGUCUGAAGAUUUGGUUUGUCUUGCUGGUUAUACUCUACCAUUUCUGUCAAAGAUGUAUUCCGUGUGGAAUUUCAACACAUGUUGAAAUAGCACACAGAGCUCUGGAAUUUUUCAUUAAGCAUGAAGGGAGUGUUAAUUAUAGACAGUUAUUACUAAAUCACCAAGAUGCUUUUCAAGCUGGGAGCAUUUAUCCUGAUGCCUUUUAUCCUCCAAUCUGCAAACAUGGAAUGUUCCAUGAUGUAUCUGAAGACACUCACUGGUCACCAUUUCUCAAAACAAGCAUUGACUACAUCAGAAGGAAUUAUCCUCAGCCUUGGGAAGAGGCUACAGAGAAGCUGGUGGCUUUCCUGUUUGGAAUUGCUUCACAUAUUGUGGCAGAUGUUAGCUGGCAUAGCCUGGGCAUCGACCAAGGAUUUCUAAAGGCCAUGGGAGAAAUUGAUUUUCAUGGUUCAUACCCAGAAGCUCACAGUGUUGGAGAUUUUGGAGGAGAUGUAGUGAGUCAGUUUGAGCUGGACUUCAGUUACCUGGCAUCAAGUUGGUAUGUACCUGUCAAAGACCUAGCAGCUAUCUAUAAGGAAUUUUAUGGAAAAGAGAUCAUAACUGAAAGUGCAAUUGCUGAAUGUACUUAUCUGCUGUUUUUUGAACUGCAUGGAGAAAGGCUUCUUGUUGGCAAGCUUUUUCCAACAUUUGCUAGUAAAUCUUCAUUUCUGGUGGAGAAAUUCCAUGAAUAUUUCCUUGGAGGAGUGGAUGACAUGGCAUUCUGGACCAACAACAUUUUUGAGCUGACCAGCCAUAUGCUAGAGAAUGGAACCAGUGACUGCUACCUGCCUGAAAACCCUCUGUUCAUAAACUGCACAAAGGAGCACAAGGACAACCACAUAAACAAACAAUCAAAACAUGACCAUCACAAGAAUACAACUUCUUUGCUUACAGAAACACUUGAGAAGAAUAUAAACUAUACAGAGAGAGGAGUUCAAUUCAACUUACAGCCUUGGGCAACAAAAUCCCUUCGCUUGAUAAACCGUGCUUUUAAAACCAAUGUCUGGAGAGCGUUAGGAGCUACACAUCAGAAAUCUUCUAAGCGCAUCUCCAAGCCAGCAGCUUCAUAUUUUCUGACUUCACCCUAUGCAAGGCUUGGAUGGGCACUGAUCUCAGCUGACCUAAACCAGGAUGGAUAUGAAGAUCUGGUGGCUGGAGCACCAGGAUACAGCACCAUGGGCCAUGUUCAAAUAGGAAGGGUGUAUGUGGUCUAUGGCAACCAGACAGGUUUGCCACCAGAGAACAUGGAUCUGGAUGCAAAAGCUGACCAAGUACUACAGGGUCAACAGCCUUCAGGAAGAUUUGGUUCUGCCUUGGCAGUCUUGGACUUCAAUGAGGAUGGAGUGCCAGAUCUGGCAAUUGGAGCACCUUCUGUGGGAUCUCAGUAUCUUACUUACAAAGGUGCUGUGUAUAUCUACUUUGGAACUGAAGGAAGAGGCUUGGCACCUCAGCCAAAUGUUACCAUAACUUGUCAGUAUUCCUACUGUAAUUUUGGUUGGUCCCUCCUGGCAGCUGAUGUUGAUGGAAAUGGAAAUGCUGAUCUGGUUGUGGGCUCUCCAUAUGCACCCGGUGGUGGGAAGCAGAGAGGAUUUGUGGUUGCAUUUUACUCUCAUUUCAACAGGAGUGACCAAGGACUUCUGUCAAUACAGGAUGCCAACUGGAUGGUGGAGGGGGAAGAAAACUAUGCUUGGUUUGGAUUUUCACUUGCCAGCUGCCAGCUGGAGAACGUGACAUUACUGCUGAUUGGUAGCCCGACAUGGAAGACUUGUUCUAGCUGCAAUCCCCUCUUGCCGGAUGUCAGACAGAGUGUUGGGAAGGUGUACGGGUAUAACCCACCAAGUACAGAGCGCUGGUUUGAGAUAACUGGAGACAAGGAGAUGGGAAGAAUGGGUUUGUCUCUGGCCAGUGGUGUGCUGUCUGUGGCUGGGAACACAAGGAAAGUUUUGGUGGUGGGUGCACCUACUGCAGACAGCCUGUCUAGGAUUUUAUUUAUGUCUUCAGUGCUGCAUCAAGCUGGAUUGGCUCUGGUAUAUGACCUGUCAAACAGCACCAAACCUUCUCUACUCAGCACAUUCAGUGGGGACAGGAGGUUUUCUCGUUUUGGAGGAGACAUACACUUAAGUGAUCUGGAUAGCGAUGGGCUAGAUGAAAUGAUUGUGGCAUCCCCACUGCGAACUGAUGGUGUCACCUCAAUCCUGUCUGCUGGGGCUGCUGGCCGUGUUUAUAUUUACAAUGGCAGACAGGCAUCCUCAGGGAAUGUGACAGGCCACUGCACAUCAUGGACAUCUCCCUGUCCUGAGGACUGGGCACAGUAUGUCCUGGUUUCUCCUGAGGAACUAUCAAGAUUUGGGAGUUCCAUUACCACUGUGAAAUCUGAAAGAAAGAAAGAACUUGUAGUGGCAGCAGAGAGAAGUUCUGCGAAAGCUCGACUUGGUGGAAGACUUUUUGUCUAUUCGCUCUAA